AUGUAUUCUGUUAAAUGUAAAUUGACUGCAGAAGACGACGAAUUACUCACAAAAGGCUCGUCAUCAUUACAUAAUGUGAAAACAUUUCCAGUUACUGCAACCUCAACAUUCCCACCAAUACGACCCACACCAACGACAGAGAUCACAUUGGAGAAAAAAACAGAUAGACCUGAAACAACCACUCAGGAAAUACAAGAUGUUACAGACGUGCACAAACCUCAACCUCGGUUACUCAAUUUAAACGUAGAAGAUUUACAAACAUUCGCCAACGCACUGCAUAAUCAGACGAAUCAUAAAAAUCAAAAGAAAGUUACAGAUCUAAGUGAUGUAACACUAGAUGGUGACGAUGACGACGAUCCCAAGAUGAUACCUGAUACAAAGCCAAAACAUAUAUCUGAUAAAUUUUACACAAACUUAGAAGCCCCUUUUCAUCCGGUAUUAGGAAUAGAUAGAGGAUCGAGUGAAAUUGAUGUUUGUAAAGAAAAUGAAGUCACUUACAAGGUUGGUGAGAAAAUUGAUCGGGGCUGUGAAGAGACAUGUGAAUGCAUGCAAGGCGGCGUGUUUGAAUGUUCACCUCGCUGCAAGCACCCUUACAUUCGUAGAGGUAGAAGACUCAACGACCCCUUGUGCUUCGAAUCGCCACUGGAUGAGUGCUGCUCCAUCAUCGCCUGUGCUACGGGCAAUGGAGGUUGGUAA